GAUGAGGAGCUACCAGCUUUCUUUGGCAUUCAGAUUCGCCAUUGAGGAGAUCAACAGAAACACUCACAUUUUACCCAACACGUCUCUAGGAUUUCAUCUCUAUAGUAUCCCUAGCCACCAAGGGAGUGCUCUUAAGGGAGCUUUUGCUUGCCUCACAGGACUUGAAACUGUGCAUCCUAAUUAUGAAUGUAGAAGUGAGAAGAAGACUGCUGCUUUACUUACUGGAGAAUCAUGGGCAACAUCUGCACUUAUUGGGAGACUGCUGAAUCUCUAUAAGUAUCCACAGCUUACUUUUGGGCCAUUUGACACUAUCCUGAAUGACAGAAGCCAGUUCUCUUCUCUCUAUCAGACAGCACCCAAGGACAUAUCUCUUUCACAUGGCAUUGUCAUUUUGAUGGUUCAUUUCAGCUGGACCUGGGUGGGACUGGUUCUCUUGGAUGACCAUAAAGGGACUGAGAGUCUAUCAGACUUGAAAAGAGAGAUGGACAGGUACAGAGUGUGUUUAGCUUUUGUAGAAUUGAUUCCAGACAUCCCAGUUUCCUCCUACUAUGAACCUUCAAUAAAAACUCACCUGCAGAUACAGAAGUCAUCUGCAAAUGUGGUUAUCAUUUAUGGUGACCAUGAAUCAUUACAUGGUGCAAUUAUGGUUAUAGCAGCACAUGUAUUGAACAGGAAAGUCUGGGUCUUGAAGUCACAGUGGGAUGAAAAUUCUCUUACUAAAUCUCUUGUAUUUGAUACAUUCCAUGGGAGUCUCAUUUUUGCACAUCACCACAAUGAGGUUUCUGAUUUUAGGAAGUUUAUCCAGACAUACAAUCCUUCCAAAUACCCAGAGGACUAUUUUCUUGCUAAGUUCUGGAACACAUACUUCAACUGCUCUUUUUCUGGACCUGAUUGUAAAAUUUUGGAUAAUUGUUUACCCAAUGCAUCUUUGGAUAUGUUGCCUAAAAAUGAUUGGGAGAUGGAUAUGACUGAAGAGAGUUACAAUUUAUAUAACUCUGUAUAUGCUGUGGCUCACAGUCUCCAUGAGAUGACACUCAAACAAGUACAAAUUCAGCCCCAUGGAAAUGGGGAGAUAUAUACCUUCCCUUGGGAGCUUCACCCUUUUCUCAAGAAUAUCCAGUUCAAAAAUGGUGCUGGAGACCUUGUGGUUUUGGAUUCACAAAGGAAAUUAGAUGCAGAAUAUGAUAUUAUCAACAUCUGGAAUUUUCCAGAGGGCCUCAGAAAAAAGAUGAAAGUUGGAACAUUUUCUCCAAAAGCUCCAAAAGGGCAGGAACUGGUUCUGUCUGACCAUAUGAUACAAUGGGCUAUGGCAUUUACAGAGAUUCCUUAUUCUGUGUGCAGUGAGAGCUGUGUUCCAGGAUUCAGAAAAUCUCCCCAGGAGGGCAAGACUGUCUGCUGCUAUGAUUGCACUCCUUGUCCAGCUAAUGAGAUUUCCAAUGAGACAGAUAUGGAUCAUUGUGUGAGGUGUCCAGAAAGUCAUUAUGCAAACACAGAGAACAUCCACUGCCUCCAGAAAGUAAUGACAUUUCUGUCCUAUGAAGACCCUUUGGGGAAGGCACUCAUCUGCUUGUCCCUUGGCUUCUUUGCAUUUACAGCUGGUGUUUUGGGGGUCUUUGUGAAGUAUUACCACACUCCCAUUGUCAAGGCCAACAAUCAGGUUCUCACUUACAUCCUGCUCAUCACUCUGAUCUUCUGUUUUCUCUGUCCAUUGCUCUUCAUUGGCCAUCCCAACACAGCAACCUGUAUCCUGCAGCAGAGCUCAUUUGGAGUCCUGUUCACAGUGGCUCUCUCUACAGUCUUGGCCAAAACUAUUACUGUGGUUCUGGCUUUCAAAAUCACAUUUCCAGGGAGAUUGAUAAGGUGGAUAAUGAUAUCAAGGGCUCCUAACUUCAUCAUUCCUGUCUGCACUUUUAUCCAGCUUGUGUUCUGUGGCAUUUGGCUGAGCACCUCUCCUCCCUAUGUUGACUCAGAUGCUUACACUGAACGUGGUCACAUAAUUAUUAUAUGCAACAAAGGCUCCACUAUUGCCUUCCAUUCUGUCCUGGCUUACCUAUGCUCCAUGGCACUUGGGAGCUACACUUUGGCUUACCUGUCCAGGAACCUGCCUGACACAUUCAAUGAAGCCAAGUUCAUCACUUUCAGCAUGCUGGUGUUCUUCAGUGUGUGGCUCACCUUCCUCCCUGUCUACCACAGCACCAAGGGGAAACUCAUGGUGGCCGUGGAAGUCUUUUCCAUCUUAGCUUCCAGUGCAGGCGUCCUAGGUUGUAUCUUUCUGCCCAAGUGCUAUGUUGUUUUGUUCAGACCACAGAUUAAUGUGCUUUAUCAUGUCCGAAACAAAGCACCUUAA